GUGAUACUUCACAUCCCGCAACAUUAUCGACUUGACGACUAAUUCGAGUGACGUUAUUCGCCAGUCAGCCGUCAUGGCACCGGCUUCAGGCGAUUGCAGGAUGCCUGCACUCAAGACCUACUCAAAGCGUGUCAAACACCACACAGAAGAACCCCCAAGCAAGAAAAGGCGGGUUGAAGAGCCUCUACCUGUCAUUCUUUCUCCUCGUGUCAAGAAACCCGAGGGUAGUACGAUACAGAGCUACUUCAGACCUCUCCAACGGUCUUCCAGCCCCUCCACAACACGAGUCCCCCACCACGCCUCAGACGCUCUCGAGCAUAUAUCCUCUCCAGGAUAUCAGCUCCCAUCAGAUUCCCUUGAGCAUACAUCUCCAAGAACUCGAUCCUCUCAACUCUCAUCAGACCCCCUCGAACCUACAUCUACACCGCCGUCUUCUCCGCCACCAAGGGUAGAACCCUCAAUCGAACACGCGCGAAAGUCACAGAAAAGACCCAAGAGACGCUUAAAAACCCGACCAGUACUCACACCAAUUCUCAACAUGUCUACUCAAGGCGCGUCUGCUCACGACAGCGACGACAGUACCGAAAUCAACGAUGUUCAGGGUGGUGUUAUCUCUUUUGGUAUCAGUCUCCCGGAGACUGCCAAGAUCGAGGGGCAAGACCAACACGCAGCCAACCCCCUCCCCCGCGCAAAACCGCACUCCAAUAUUUCCAGUAUGAGCACUCAAGGCGCGUCUGAUCACGGCAGCGAUGGCGGUACCAAACACAACGAUCACCCGGAUGGUGUUCCUGCUUCCUCCAUCGGUCAUGUUGAUCUAGCCAGCAUCGAGGGUCAAGACAAACACGCAACCAACUCCCGCUUCCGUACAACCUCCCACUCUAGCAUUGCCGGUUCUAGUAUCCAAAAACUCCAUCAAACCCAACUCGAUAUGGGCGCCCCAGCAAUCAAGGCCUGCAAAGAGUGUGGUAUGCAUUACAACACCACUCUCGACGGAGAUAGGCGUAACCACACCAAGUAUCAUAAUGGUAUUGUUCAAGCCAAGCAGCUCCAUAGUGUCCAAUUCGGUGUCGACUUAGAGGUAGAUUACAUUGGCGCCGACCAUCAUGCCAUACGGGAGUACGACUAUCGCAUCCAGGACAUGCAUAAGGACCGUGCCUACAAAGCUUUGCAGCUGGCUUCUCACGAUCUCGGUGGGAUCAUCCCUACUCCUGAUGAACUUUGGUCUCUGAUCACCAAUCCGCAAAAUAAGAAUGAUCGGAAUCAAGUUCCCCGCUUCAAAUUGUACCUUUAUCUCAUCAACAUGGACCCUGUUGGUUUGCUGCUUGCAGAGCGCAUUGCUGGUGGAGGAGAUUACUACUUUGGUGUUUUCCCCUCCCCUUCCGAUAAGACGGUUUAUAUGUGUGUCGAGAGGAUUUGGGUUCGGGAGGAUAUGCGGCGGAAGGGAGUUGCUUCUCGGCUUGUGGACAAGGCCCGGACAUGUUUCAUCAGGGGUCUCUGUUGUAGAAAACUGGAAUACGCCUUUUCUCGUCCAACCGAAUUGGGGCGAAAGUUUGCUGAUUCUUAUGUUGUUAAGUCUUUACAAUUGUGAUUUUUUUUUGGCUUUUUUUUUGUUAUUGUUUUGCUUUCAGCCGGUGUUUGGGACCUUUUAAGUGCAUGAUACCCAAGAUAAUGGCGUUGGGGCGAAAAUAAAUGAAGUGUUUUUCUCUGUAUUUGAAUUUGUCGUUGUGAUGUCUAUAUAACUAUCCAAUACGUCAGCGGAAAACACUCACAAUGAAGACCUGAGCGAAACCCCAGUCAAGGAACGACUGUGUAUGGUCGGAUCUACAAGGUAAUAACUUCGGCGGAAAGCGGGGCAGAUCCAAGCGUGCCCUAACACCCCGGCCGUUGCUAACCCUUUGUUGUGGUUCUCUUCUGCUGUCUCUUGUGUGCCUUGUUG